CCCGCGGCGGGGCGCGCAGCGAGGAGCUCAGGAAGUGCACGGGCUGCAGCAGCCGCUUCCUGCGCUUUGUGUGUGUGACACCGAGACAGGCGGCAGCGAGAGGCGGCGGCUCCCGAGCAUCCCUCCCCGCGGCCGCUAAUGUUCCCUAACAUCGUCUGAAAAUCCAGAGCCAUGACCACUCACGUCACGCUGGAAGAUGCGUUGUCCAAUGUGGACCUGCUGGAGGAGCUACCACUGCCAGACCAGCAGCCAUGCAUCGAGCCACCUCCCUCUUCCAUCAUGUACCAGGCUAAUUUCGACACAAACUUUGAAGACAGAAAUGCCUUUGUGACCGGCAUUGCCAGGUACAUCGAACAGGCUACAGUGCAUUCGAGCAUGAAUGAAAUGCUGGAAGAAGGACAUGAAUACGCAGUGAUGCUUUACACUUGGAGGAGCUGCUCUCGGGCCAUACCCCAGGUGAAAUGUAAUGAACAGCCGAACCGGGUGGAAAUUUAUGAGAAGACCGUGGAAGUUCUGGAGCCGGAGGUCACCAAGCUGAUGAAGUUCAUGUAUUUCCAGCGCAAGGCUAUCGAGCGGUUCUGCAACGAGGUGAAGCGCUUGUGCCAUGCUGAGAGAAGGAAGGAUUUUGUCUCCGAGGCCUAUCUCCUGACGCUGGGGAAGUUCAUUAACAUGUUUGCCGUGCUGGAUGAGCUGAAGAACAUGAAGUGCAGCGUCAAAAAUGACCACUCUGCCUACAAAAGAGCUGCCCAGUUUUUGAGGAAGAUGGCUGACCCUCAGUCUAUUCAGGAAUCCCAGAACCUCUCCAUGUUCCUGGCAAACCACAAUCGGAUCACGCAGUGUCUGCAUCAGCAGCUGGAAGUUAUCCCUGGCUAUGAGGAGCUGCUGGCGGAUAUUGUCAACAUCUGUGUGGACUACUAUGAAAACAAGAUGUACCUGACGCCCAGCGAGAAGCACAUGCUCUUAAAGGUGAUGGGCUUUGGUCUCUAUCUGAUGGAUGGGAAUGUCAGCAACAUUUACAAACUGGACACCAAGAAGAGAAUCAAUCUUAGCAAAAUAGACAAGUUCUUCAAGCAGCUGCAGGUGGUUCCCUUAUUCGGCGAUAUGCAGAUAGAACUGGCCAGAUACAUUAAGACCAGUGCUCACUAUGAGGAGAACAAAUCCAAGUGGAUGUGCACUCAGAGUAGCAUCAGUCCCCAGUACAACAUCUGUGAGCAGAUGGUCCAGAUCCGAGACGACCACAUUCGCUUCAUCUCUGAGCUCGCCCGCUACAGCAACAGUGAGGUGGUCACCGGCUCGGGGCUGGACAGCCAGAAGUCAGAUGAGGAAUACAGGGAGCUCUUUGACUUGGCUUUACGGGGACUGCAGCUGCUCUCCAAGUGGAGCGCCCAUGUCAUGGAAGUGUAUUCUUGGAAGCUGGUACAUCCCACCGAUAAGUUCUGUAACAAAGAUUGCCCAGGCACCGCUGAGGAGUACGAGAGAGCCACCCGGUACAACUACACCAGCGAGGAGAAAUUUGCCUUUGUGGAGGUAAUUGCCAUGAUCAAGGGUCUGCAAGUGCUGAUGGGCCGGAUGGAGAGUGUCUUUAACCAGGCCAUCAGAAACACUAUCUAUGCAGCCCUGCAAGACUUUGCCCAGGUGACCCUCCGAGAACCAUUGAGACAAGCAGUCAGGAAAAAGAAGAAUGUCCUGAUCAGUGUCCUUCAGGCAAUUCGGAAGACAAUCUGUGACUGGGAGGGAGGUCGGGAGCCCCCUAAUGACCCCUGCCUGAGAGGCGAGAAGGACCCCAAAGGUGGAUUCGAUAUUAAGGUUCCUCGACGAGCAGUGGGUCCAUCAAGCACACAGCUUUACAUGGUGCGGACUAUGCUGGAGUCGCUCAUCGCAGACAAGAGCGGCUCGAAGAAGACUCUAAGGAGCAGCUUGGAUGGGCCAAUAGUCCUGGCCAUUGAGGAGUUUCACAAGCAGUCCUUCUUCUUCACCCACCUUCUCAACAUCAGCGAAGCCCUGCAGCAGUGCUGCGAUCUGUCCCAGCUCUGGUUCCGAGAAUUCUUUCUGGAGCUGACCAUGGGCCGUCGGAUCCAGUUCCCCAUCGAGAUGUCCAUGCCCUGGAUUCUCACAGACCACAUCCUGGAAACCAAGGAACCCUCCAUGAUGGAGUACGUGCUGUAUCCCUUGGACCUAUAUAAUGACAGCGCAUAUUAUGCCUUGACCAAGUUUAAAAAGCAGUUCCUAUACGAUGAAAUUGAAGCUGAAGUGAACUUGUGUUUUGACCAGUUUGUGUACAAGUUGGCAGAUCAGAUCUUUGCCUAUUAUAAAGCAAUGGCUGGCAGUGUCUUACUGGAUAAACGUUUCCGGGCUGAAUGUAAGAAUUAUGGUGUGAUUAUCCCUUACCCGCCAUCCAAUCGCUACGAGACGUUACUCAAACAGAGACACGUCCAGCUGCUGGGUAGAUCAAUUGACCUGAACAGGCUCAUAACUCAGCGUAUUUCAGCUGCGAUGUACAAAUCAUUAGACCAGGCAAUUAGCCGCUUUGAGAGUGAAGACCUGACCUCCAUUGUGGAGCUGGAGUGGCUCUUGGAGAUAAAUCGUCUGACACACCGGCUGCUGUGUAAGCACAUGACUUUGGACAGCUUUGAUGCCAUGUUCCGAGAGGCCAAUCACAACGUCUCUGCGCCUUAUGGGCGUAUCACCCUGCAUGUCUUCUGGGAGCUAAACUUCGACUUUCUACCCAACUACUGCUACAAUGGCUCCACCAACCGGUUUGUACGGACAGCGAUCCCAUUCACCCAGGAACCACAGAGAGACAAGCCAGCCAACGUCCAGCCCUAUUACCUCUAUGGAUCAAAGCCACUGAACAUUGCCUACAGUCACAUCUACAGCUCCUACCGUAACUUCGUGGGGCCUCCUCAUUUCAAGACAAUCUGCCGGCUCCUAGGCUAUCAAGGGAUCGCAGUGGUGAUGGAGGAGCUGCUGAAGAUCGUCAAAAGCCUGUUACAGGGCACCAUUCUGCAGUAUGUGAAAACAUUGAUAGAGGUGAUGCCCAAAAUAUGCCGCUUGCCAAGACAUGAGUAUGGAUCUCCAGGAAUCUUGGAGUUUUUCCAUCACCAGCUGAAGGACAUCAUUGAGUAUGCAGAGCUGAAGACUGAUGUAUUCCAGAGCCUUAGAGAAGUGGGCAAUGCUAUUCUGUUCUGCCUCCUCAUAGAGCAGGCCCUGUCCCAGGAAGAAGUUUGUGAUUUGCUGCAUGCUGCUCCCUUCCAAAAUAUUUUGCCCAGGGUCUACAUCAAAGAAGGAGAACGCUUGGAGGUACGCAUGAAGCGUCUCGAAGCCAAAUAUGCCCCACUUCACCUGGUUCCCUUAAUAGAGAGGCUGGGAACUCCUCAGCAAAUAGCCAUUGCUCGGGAGGGUGACUUGCUGACCAAGGAGCGGCUGUGCUGCGGGCUCUCCAUGUUCGAGGUGAUCCUGACACGCAUUCGCAGCUAUCUGCAGGACGCAAUCUGGCGUGGGCCUCCCCCUACCAACGGGGUCAUGCACGUGGAUGAGUGUGUCGAGUUCCACCGGCUCUGGAGUGCCAUGCAGUUCGUGUACUGCAUCCCCGUGGGGACGAACGAGUUCACUGCAGAGCAGUGCUUUGGAGAUGGUUUGAAUUGGGCCGGCUGCUCCGUCAUUGUUCUCCUCGGGCAGCAGCGACGCUUCGACCUCUUUGACUUCUGUUAUCAUCUGCUGAAGGUGCAGAGGCAGGAUGGGAAGGAUGAAAUCAUAAAGAACGUGCCCCUGAAGAAGAUGGCUGACCGCAUCAGGAAGUAUCAGAUUCUGAACAACGAGAUUUUCGCCAUCCUGAACAAGUACAUGAAGUCGGUGGAAACAGACAGCUCCACGGUUGAGCACGUGCGCUGCUUCCAGCCCCCCAUCCACCAGUCCCUGGCUACCACUUGCUAAGCAUGGAUAUUAAACCCCUUUGGGAUUAGGGAGGAAGAGAGAUUGGAUCAGAACAAGAACUGGGAAGGGGAAACUUGACCAUGUGGCUCUGGCAACAAGAGAGAUUGGGUACACCCGACACACACACAUCUUCCUUUCUGGCCCUGUUUGAGUGUAUGUGCUGUAGCAUCCCUCUGGUUGGCUUUAUCUGUAGCUUUAAGACUGGGUGUGGGAGGGGGCAGGAUGUGCUUUUCUUCCAUGCGGUGGGUUGGUUUUUUUGGUUUUGUUUUUCUGUGAUACGACCCGUCGAACCCAAAACUCUGAAGCCAUAUUAGAGUCCUAGGUGUCGGGUUCCAGGCACAAGCGGAUUGUUUCAGAGCGCCAGAAGCCAUCUCCCACUGCGGGUGCGGUGAGGCAUGUGGAACUUCCCCUUGUGAUGCAUGACUGCGGCAGGAGAGUUUGAAGGCGCCCCUUGUUUGGUGAGGCAGAAUAGCAGCGCUUCUCACUUGGCAGCCCACAGAGGAAGAAGUCGCCUGACCAGAGAAAGGAAACCAAGUUGAUUCAGAGUUUGAGUCUAGCAUCACUGUCCAUCUGGGAUUGGAGAUUUCCCCACUCUUUUCACCACGUCUUCUUCCCUUCUAGACUCUCUCUCCGCUGCUUGGUAAGGGGGCUUUGUGAUGCAUGGGUUUCAGACUAGCCGUGAGUGACUGAAUGGCUGUCCUCUGCAUUUCAGAGAGCUGGGAGACAAGAUACCAUCCUGGUGAUUUCCCACUACAUGCCAUAUCCCCACUACUAAUUCAGAAGAGGUGCCCCCUGAAGCUAUAUCUACCAGGGAGUAAACAGUGAAAUCUCCUAAUGAAUGCUGUGUGCUACAUUUACCUGAAAAUUUCAGUCGCUAUAUUCCUGGGGUGGGAGGAGGAAUCAGUGAUCCUGGCAGCCCAGCUUACCUCCAGAAUGUACAUGUACUUUGGCUUUUAGCCAAGGAUCAAACAUCCACAUUCGACAAUGAGCUGGAAGCUACACUUUGUGUCCAUUCUUGAGUGACAGUUUUCUUUGUUUCAAAUGAGUUCCUCCACUACAUAUGCCUACAGGGCAUGGAGAGUGCCAGUCGGGGUGAACGGAAACCCUAUCACACAGAAACAGCAGGAUCCUUUAGAGCAGAGGAAAUGAAAUAAGCAUCAGAAAGGAAAUGAAUACAGUACUCGGAGGGUUCUACAAAGAAAAUACAGGAUUCUGUUUCCUUCUGAUUCUUUAACAUUGUCCAGGAUCCUGUGAGAUUAAAAGAACCUAGUUGAAACAUCAAGGAACAUUUCAAAACUCAUUGUCUUCCCUUCUUCCCCACAUCAGCUUCUUUGAAGUGAGAUGAAGGGUCUUGUUUGAUGUGGCAAAAGCUAAGGGGCCAGAUCCGGAUCUCAUCUACACAGGGGUAAACCUGGAGUAACCCCUUGGACUUCAGUGAAGUCACUCCAGAUUUACACAGAUAGAGAUGAGACCAGAACCUUCUCUCCGGAAUUAAGAAUUACUGGCCGGGCCACAUGCACCUCUCCUAAUCCACCCUGAUCUCACCACUGAGAAAGUUUUAAUUUCUUGAUUUUAUUUAGGUUAAAUCAGAUCUUUGCCAUUAUGUAACACAGCAAUGUUGAUGCACUGUAUCUCAACAUAACCCAGACACUCGGUUCAGCUUAUUUAGGACAAUGCACUGCUCUCACAAAUGCUGGGAAGCCAGAGACAGCGAGCAGUUAUUCUGUCUGAGGGAACAGAAAGCAGAUCAGUUGAAGAGGUGUCCCGUCUGGAACAUUCUGUCUGAGACCAGCAGCCAUCUCAAUAUUGUUGGCUAGAGGUGAAUUUCUGAUGGGAGAUGCCUUUGUUCUCCCGGAGACCUACCUCUGUUUCCCUGGCAACCAGUGAAUAUCCCCCUCAAGCGCUGCUGGGCAUAUUGGCCACCUUGAGGUUCCUGAGGCAGCUGUUUAAGCUACAAAAAGAAAUCUCUGGUCCAUUUUAAUCUGAAACUAACAUGAAGGCUGAGGGAAAUCAUCUCAGAUCAUUGACUCAAAUCAUCUCAAAUCAUCAGGCAGGAAAAGACUUGAGUCUGAGAGGGGGGAUUUUUUUCCAUCCCGUCUGGAGGAAGAACAGCAUGUUCAAGGACACAGACAUUGAAAGGUUCUGCUUUAUAUAUGAUAACUGCUCCUCUGCUAAGGUUGAAAGGCCUGGUUCCCUGCUCUGUUACAUCAGCCUGAUGUUACUACACUGAAGUCAGUGGACCUACAUACGUGUAAAAAAUCUGGGUUAGCAGAGUGGGGACAUCAAGUAUGUUAUUUUUUUGUGUGUGAAAUGAGAUGACAGAAAAGAUCCUAAAUGGUAUUUUUCUUGGGCUAAAGGGGUUCUCAAACUUCAUUGCACCACGACCCCCUUCUGACAACAAAGUCACUGCAUGACCCCGGGAAUGGCACAGAGCCCAAGCCCCUCCACCUCAGGUGGGGGAGAGGGGACCGAAGCCCGAGGCCUUCCCCCCACCCCGCAGGGAAGAGGGGUCGCAGUCCAAGCCUGCAGGCCUCCUAGGUGCGCACGACUGCUGCAGGCCCCGCGUUUUGAGGGGCCCCACAGGCCAGUGCAAUUGGCUCCCGCGGGCAGUCCCGGAAGUCACGAAUUCAUCACUUCCACCCUGGGCUUCGCCUCCCUAGGGGCCCGGAAUUUCUGUCGGUGGGCCUGAUUGUGGCACAAAACACUACAAGGUUAAUAUAUAAGGGUGAAGUGUAGCACACGGCCUAGCUCCAGCAGCUAGACACAACUGGCUGUAUGCGAUUAAAGCCUGUCUGCCAGCACUUAGGCUGUGAAUGAGUUGUGGUGUAUUUCACCACGUAUGAACAUCAGCUUGUGAAAUGUAAUGUUCUUUUGCUGUUGUUUUAGGGGAUUAAUUCUUGAGGCCUAUAAAGCACAGUUGGAUGAGCUGAAAUGGAAUGCAUGGACCAAUAUAUGUGUCUGUUGUCCAUGCAUGGGGAAUUUGCUUGAACAAAAUGACCUCCCCACCCUUCUCAGGACCUGCUGGGGGAGAGGGAGGGGGGGAAGAAUAAAAAAUUAUGAGCAGGAAACCAAAGCCGUAUGAUAAAACAGAGUAUAUUUCAGCUGUAGGGUUUAUGGGGGUGUUUUACGCUGUCGCUCAAGUAGUGUGGGAUGGCAGCAAGGGCUCAGUCAUACAACCUUUAUUCACGCAACUUGAUUUCAAUACCCUUUUCUACCAAAAGGAUGCAAGUCAGUUGUGUAGAUCUUAACUCCUGUUCUCAAAU